AUGAAGACUGGUGUAACAUGUUCUGUUAUUUGGUUAUUUACUCUGAUUUGCUAUACAGAGGCAUCAUCAUUCCGUUGUGACUACAAGUACAGCAGUAAAGCCAAGGGUUGGUUCAAACAUUUCGUGGUGCCAGCUACUUGGGCUGACGCACGACUAUGCUGCACAUUGGAAGGUGCAAUCCUGGCUUCUCCACUUAACGCAGAUAUCGAAGCUGAGAUAAAGCACAUCAUACAAAACUUUUUUACUGCGAAAUCAGAAAUCUUUACAGGACUUCAUGCGACUUCGUCACACGGCGACUUCUAUACUAUUGACGGCGUGCCUCUUAGUGCAAUUUCAUUAGCUUGGGCAAAAAAUGAGCCAAAUAAUGCUAAGAAUAAUGAACAUUGUAUCACGUUUGACGGGAAUGGCAAAGCGGCUGACAGAUCCUGUCAUGAGACUCGACCUUACAUCUGCUUCCGUUCAGGCGAUCUUAAGACUGAGGCCAAUGAAUGUGGAACUAUAGAUCCUGACUACCACUUGGAUGCAAGAACAGGCUCCUGCUAUAAGUUCCACACAGUGCCUCGCACGUUCGGUCGUGCGCACUUCGCGUGUUCUGCUGAAGGUGGUCACCUUGCCAUAAUCAACAGUGAUGUCGAAGCUACAGUACUGAAGGAACUCUACGCAAAAUAUCCAAAUGAAACGAUGAUAGGCACUUUCGGGAAAGACGCUGCCUUCAUUGGUUUUGCUGCCUGGGAUGAACAUGGUCAGUGGACGACCAUUCACGGUAAAACGCUAGACGAGGCAGGGUACAGCAAAUUCUCUCCUGGAGAACCAAAGCAUUCGGCAAAUGAAGAAUUCUGUGGUUCCAUGUAUCGGUCCGGCUUGCUCAACGACCUUUGGUGUAGUAAGCCUGCACCAUUUAUCUGUGAAAAACAACCAAAUUAUCACCCUGUUUGUCGUGUAACAUAAAUAG